GCAAACAGAUGGCGCACAUAAAAAGGUGUUUAUCGCGGAGAAGCUGAGUACUAUUUGCGAUCUGAGAAAGGGCCACAUGUUGCCGUGCACCGGGACCAUGCAGAGCUCCAGGCUGCUCAGCGGAGCGCUCCUCUGCGCGCUGCUGCUGCUUUCCGCCGGCACCGCCGGAGCGCAAGGGCUGCUGGACGCAGAGUCAGAGGAGGAGCUGAGCCCCAGAGCACUGCGGGACUUCUACCCAAAAGGACCAAACCUGACCAGUGAGAAGCAGCUGCUUGGAGCUCUCCAAGAAGUUCUUGAAAAGCUGCAGGCUAAACGGCUUCCGCCAUGGGAGAAGAAAUUCGGACAAGUCCCAACGUGUGAUGUUGGAGAGCAGUGCGCGGUGAGGAAAGGCGCACGGAUCGGGAAGAUGUGCGACUGUCCCCGGGGAGCUUUCUGCAACUUCUUCCUGCUGAAGUGCUUAUGAGCCUCUUCGGAUCUGAAUGUAGCUUUGAGAAGAGAGGAGAAAAAUGAGGAGGACGUCUCACUGAAUCCCUUUGUAAUUAAGCUCAGAUUAUUUUUAAUUGCACAGCUCAGGCGCAGCUGGAGUGACCGUCCAACACUUAAAGAACUGCAGAAGUUUUAUUGUUAGUAGUAAAAAAAUUCCACAUUAUUCUAUGGAAAUCAUCUCGGUAAGGAUCUUAUGAGUGUGACAAUAUUAUAAAGAGUUUCUGUAAAUAUUAAGAUUCACAUCAAUAAACUCACCUGAGGGACCAUAAACACACUGUAAUGUCAAACCAGCAAUAUUAUGGAAACAUUUAUCCUUCAUCUGCUGUUUUGAGCUAGUUUUGUUUCAGCUUAAUGUCUUGUGUGUGUCUCAUGUUAAUAAACAGUGAAUCCUGUUGUUUUGUAAAGCA